UUUCGUUACACAAGUCCGUGUGAAAGAUACCAAAGGGGGGGGGGGAUUUCUGGCACUUGAAAAUUCCGUAUAAAAGGGGAACGGACCACGGAGGAGACAGUCAAGUCAUCGACAGCAGAGGAAAAGAUGUCUCGCGGAACCUGGAUGGCACCCCUGGCCCUGUUGGCAGCCCUGUUCUCGGGGUCACUGGCAGCCAACCUCAUCGGACGCCAGGUCAGCUUGGGCAUCUGCCCCAACAUCACGAACAAGGCCGAUUUUGAUGCCGUGCCUUACCUCGGCCGCUGGUUCGAAUACGAGCGGUAUGACAUCCUCUUCCAGUCGGGCAUGGACUGUGUCAACGCCCUCUAUAGUGACAUGGGCAACGGAUACGUCGAAGUCCACAACACAGCCAGGACUUCCUAUGGUGACUUCACUGACAUCGUUGGCCAAGCUCAUGUCAUCGAGCCUGGCGUCCUCCUCGUCGAGUUUGGCGGAUACGUCCCAGCCGAGUACCACAUUCUGGACACUGACUACGAGAACUACUCCUCUGUCUACAACUGCUUCGAAGAGGGAGACUACCACUGGCAGUACGCCUGGCUCCUGACCCCGCCCAGGUCCCCUCUGAGGAGGUCAUCGCCACCGCCCGCCAGGCCUUCGCCAACAACGGGAUUGACCUCAGCCUCUUCCACGUGACCUACCAGGGUGACGAUUGCCCUUACCUGGCCUAGGGAUCUUGACCUCGCUCCUCCCCGCUCCUUUUUGAGGGGGUCUUAUUCUAUUUAUUCUUAUUAUCAUAUUUAUUAUGUGUGAGGAAGUGUUAAGGUUUGAUAUGAAUAAAUUAUUGGUUAUUCUG